UUUCAUUUCUGUUUCUGACAGUUGCAAAAAGGAGUCAUUUGGUGAUGAGAGUGCGUGGAGAUUUAGCUUGAAUUUGUUUAGAAAAUACGUUCAUUAUCAAAAAUAGCAUCGGACAUUAUUAUUUUUGUUAAAGUGCAAUAAAAAGGCGGCAAGAUUGCGUCCAAAAUGCAAGGCGUUAGCGCUCCGCGGGAGCCUACGCAACCCGUGAUGAGCACUAGCUCUACAAUCCUAAAUAUGAGAGAAAAGGAGAAAUACAUCGAAGAUUUCGACUUUCCCUUCUGUGACGAGUCUUCAAAGUACGAAAAAGUCGCGAAAAUCGGUCAAGGAACGUUCGGAGAAGUGUUCAAAGCUCGCGCGAGGAACAGCAACAAAAAAUUCGUCGCUAUGAAAAAAGUGCUCAUGGACAAUGAAAAAGAAGGUUUUCCUAUCACAGCAUUGCGAGAAAUCAAGAUCCUUCAGCUUCUAAAACACGAGAACGUAGUAAACUUGAUAGAAAUAUGCCGUACGAAGGCGACAUUGCAUAAUAAAUACCGAUCAACAUUUUACUUAGUUUUCGACUUCUGUGAGCACGAUUUAGCUGGUUUACUGUCCAAUGUGAACGUGAAAUUCAGUUUGGGUGAGAUUAAGAAGGUUAUGCAGCAGUUACUGAAUGGUUUAUACUACAUACAUAGUAAUAAGAUCUUGCACAGAGACAUGAAGGCAGCCAAUGUAUUGAUCACCAAGAAUGGCAUCCUAAAACUGGCUGACUUCGGUCUAGCUAGAGCAUUCAGCCUGGCGAAGUCCGGACAAGUCAAUAAAUACACAAACAGAGUGGUCACUCUGUGGUACAGACCUCCUGAACUACUUUUGGGUGAUCGAAACUACGGUCCGCCAGUGGACAUGUGGGGCGCAGGUUGUAUCAUGGCAGAAAUGUGGACUCGGUCCCCAAUCAUGCAAGGCCCGACUGAACAGCAGCAGCUGAUCCUCAUCUCUCAACUCUGCGGCUCCUGCACCCCUGAUGUGUGGCCAGGAGUUGAGAAUCUAGACCUGUACAAUAAGAUGGAGCUUCCUAAAGGUCAGAAGCGGAAGGUUAAGGAACGGUUGAAGCCUUAUGUUAAGGAUCCUUACGGCUGUGAUCUGCUGGAUAAACUUUUGCAGUUGGAUCCUGCGAAGAGAUACGAUGCAGAUACAGCCUUAAACCAUGACUUCUUCUGGACUGACCCCAUGCCGUGUGACCUCGCUAACAUGUUAGCUCAGCACACGCAGAGCAUGUUUGAGUACCUGGCUCCACCGCGCAGGCCUGGCCACCUCCGUCACCACCACCAUGUAGCUGGGGCUCAGGCGAAGCCAACGCAGCCUGUCCAGGACUCUGGGUACCAAGACCGUGUGUUCUGAAGUGUGAAAGUUAUGUGACAGUCUUAUUAUUAGGUCUUUAUCUGUUUUUAGUGAAUUUAAUGAAUUUAGUCUUCUUGAUAUUCAAAAUUAAAGUCAAAAUUGAUUAUUUCACUUUUGAAUGUCAAAGCAAAUAUACAAUACUAGCUAUUUCUGCGCGGUUUCACCCGCUCUGCUCGGCUCCUAUUGGUCAUAGCGUGAUGUUUUAUAGCCUAUAGCUUUCCCCGAUAAAUGCACUACCCAACACAAAAAUAAUUAUUCAAAUCAGACCAGUAGUUUCGGACAUUAGCCCGUUCAACCAAAUAAACAAACAAACUCUUCAGCUUUAUAAUAUUAGCUUUAUAGUAUUAGUAUAGAUAAAACAAAAUGUCUGUCGGACAGUCCUCUAGUUGCUCUAUUUGCUCGUUCCAAAGUGUAGAUUCCUAUGGAGAAGAACAAGCAAGAAACUCCAUAGGUUACUCUUUUUCAAUUCUUAACCUUCUUCUUAGCUAUGUGAUUUUGCUACACCAAAUCAUAAAUUAUUUUGUCAUGUAAUAGCUAUCGUGCUAAAUCUUAGUUUCACAGCUAAAGACCUAGUAUUAGACUAUUAUUAAAUGAAUCUGAGACUGAAUUUAUAAAGCGGUGAGUCGAAUUUUGUAGCAUUGUUAUCAUAUAAUUGUAUUCAUUAGUCCGUGGCCUAAGUAAAGUAAAAGAAAUCACUCAUAUGACUUAAAUGAGACUACAAGUAGUACUCGUCCACAGAAGCAUAAUAAAUUAAAUGUGCAUAUGUGAGAAUUAUGCAGAAUCAUUACAACUCAUAACACAAAUGGUAGAACUUACUAAAGGUACGCGUCCACAGGCCCGCAUCGUACGCAUUGCACGCAACGGACUUUAGUUUGUCUUGUAUAGAAACUCAUACAACUGCGUCCACUGAUCCGCAUCGUUACGAACCGCAUCAUCGGCAAUUUUUUUACAUUUGAUGGGUCGACGUUUGGCCACUAUCUCGCCUGAUGGUAAGUGAUGAUGCGGCCUACGAUGGAGCACGUCUGCCCAUAAGCAAUCUAUUCACUCGGGCCUUGAAGACACCCAGGUUAUACCCAUCAGGAAACACAGACUCCGGCAAAGAAUUCCACUCCCUAGCAGUUCGCACAAGGAAGCUUGAAGCCUACAUGCGAUGCGUACUGAUGACGUCAUACGGAAUGCGUACGAUGCGUGCGAUGCGGGCCUGUAGACGCUUACCUUUAAUCAGUGUCAGUCAGUAUGUCAGUUUCUACUGGUUAUACAUAGCUUGAUAUUAUGUAACCAUGUGUAUAUAAUAUAUGUACUAUUGUUGUAUGUAUAUGCAGUAUGCAUUGUAGAUAGCAAAAUAAAAAAAUAUAGUUUAGAUAAUGAAUGAUGUUGAUAUGUUGUGAAAUAAUUAAAUUACUUAGUUAAUUUUGAUUUAAAUAUGUUUUUGUACCUAAUAAAUAUGAAAUUUAUUUAGUUUCUCUCCACUUAAAGGAUUAUUUCACACGAUAAUAUGAUACAAAAUUAGAUGCAAACAUGCUCCUUUGUGAGACACGGAUCCUAAACUUGGUACCUAUGUAUGGUAUUAUUCCUUUCAUUGCAGUUUAAAAUACUUGUUUUCGAACAUUUCUCCUAAUAGUUAAUUAAUCUAUAUCCUGAAAUAAAAAAAUUAAAAAAAUAGUAAAUAGAAAAAAUCCGUGUUCAAAUUAAAAAAGAAACGUAUUCAAUCAACUAAAAAUCACGGUUUACUCAGAUAAAUUAAUGGAGAAAAGCUCUACUAGUUUCGAGUCACAGAGGGACUCUUCAUCAUGAGCAGCGUGCGCAGACGCGGCGACAUCGCGCAGCCUACGCGACUCUAGAGAAAAGUCCCUCUGUGACUUGAAACUAGUAGAGCUUUUCUCCAUUAAUUAAUUUGAGUCAACCGUGAUUUUUAGUUAAUUUAGUCAUUAUUAAAUCAGCAUCAGAAUACAUUGUAUACUUAAUUGACUAUAAGUUAUAGUUCCUAAGCUUGUAAAUAUUAUAAUAGAGGUUAAAAAAGAAGAAAAAAAUGACGCGGAGUAACUACUAACUCACUCAUACAUUUACACCUAUGUAAUAUGUAUUGUAAGAUUGUAAUGUUAUAUAAAUACCUAGGUACUUGUUAUCAAUAUAAACACUGCCUUUAAUAUUGUUUAAGGGAUUUUCAGUAUAAAUAUAAACAUUUUUUUAUAAAAUUAAA